AUGUGGGAUGCUUUAGAUGCGGACACUCCGAUUAUUUCUUCAGAGUCCCUGCGCGGGAAUGCCCGUGAUGGCAACCAGGCAGGAGCCUAUGUAUCUUCAACGUCGAGUGGUGCACGAGUGGAUCAUACUGCUUCUCCUUACUAUGCCGAGGCUAUAUCGCUUCUGAAAGGCACCUUCAAGCUCUCUUACUUCCGGAAGAAUCAACUCGAGUGUAUCACUGCAACCCUAGAUGGAAAGGACGUGUUUUACCUCGCACCGACAGGGGGUGGAAAGAGUUUAUGUUACCAAUUACCCGCUCUGUGCAAGUCCGGAAAGACCCAAGGAACAACAUUCGUGAUAUCCCCCCUUCUAUCACUGAUUGAGGACCAAGUCUUAGCUCUGCGCGGAAAAGGCAUCAAUGCUUUCCGUCUCAUUAACACUGCUGACGCAGACGCAGCCCACGAUGCCUUGCCUAGACUGCGGAAGGGUGAUAAUGUUCCUCUGGUGUAUACGACACCGGAGAAACUUUUAAACAGCAACAACGUGCAAGACAUCGUAGUUGAUCUCUACGAGGGCAAACAGUUGGCACGCUUUGUCGUUGACGAAGCUCAUGUCAUCGGGGGAUGGCGAUCGUGGCGGGAAUCAUAUGCUUUUCUAGGGAUCCUUCGUAAGCGAUGGCCGGACAUUCCGAUUAUGGCUCUCACUGGAAGUGCCAACGAGUUGGCCAUUGAGGACAUCAAGAAAUCUCUGGCGCUUCGGGACCCUGUGUGUCUCAAACAGUCCUUCAACAGAGCGAAUUUGUAUUACGAAGUUCGGAUGAAGCCCGCCCAGAAAAAGGUCCUUCUGCAAGAAAUUGCAGGGUUUAUUCAGUCACGUCACAAGGGUGAUACAGGCAUCAUCUAUUGUCAGUCUAGGGACGAGUGUGAAGACGUGGCAAGGAGACUUCGAGAAGAAUUUAAUCUGUCUGCUAGACAUUUCCACGCAGGAAUGGAUCGCGAUGAAAAGAGAGUCAACCAGCUUGAUUGGUCAAUGGGAAUAUGCAAAAUCAUAGUGGCAACAAUCGCGUUUGGCAUGGGGAUUGACAAACCCGAUGUCCGAUUCGUCAUUCAUGUGACGAUGUCCAAAGACAUGGAUGGAUAUUACCAGGAAACUGGGCGUGCAGGGAGGGAUGGAGGGCCGUCAGAUUGCAUUCUCUUCUACGCAUAUCGGGACGUGGCAAAGUUACAGAGCAUGUUAACCAACCCCCACGAUGGAAACAGGCCCCCACCAGACGAGGUUGAGCGACAGUUAGAAAGGCUAUCCGCCGUUGUAGCCUAUUGCUCUAACGAAAGCGACUGCCGACGCGUUCUCCUUCUUAGACAUUUCGACGAAGAAUUCGAUGAAGGGGAAUGUCACAAGAGCUGCGACAACUGUUGUAAGCCUGGAAAAUCCGUUAAAGAGAAUUGCACGGCAAUGGCACAGCAAGCCGUGCAACUUUUGAGCGAUAUGAUUGAUUCUGGGCGCGAUCGUGGGAUAACGCUUAACAUGUUCAAAGAUGUCUGGCGAGGACGGAAGAGUAAAAAUAUUGCUCCUUAUUCGGGAUUAUCAGGCUAUGGCGCAGCUGCGAACAUAGACCAGAGUAUGACAGAACGCAUUGUCACACAGCUUUUGUGCCGUCAAGUAUUCUCGACCCGUAGGACGACCUCUGGAAGUGGUUUCGGAGUUAAUUAUCUCGAGGUUCGCCUUUGCCAGUGGUUAUAG